UAGCUCGCUCGUGUGCACAUGCGAGACUGCGCGCGCGUCUCUCGCAUAUAAUCUCGCACGAUACCACUCUGUGUGUAUGUGUGUGUGUGUGUGUGUGUGUUUGUGUGUACGUAUAGAUAUAAAAUACAUAUCUAUACCGCGACGCGCAACAACGUCACUGUGCAGUUUUAACGACGCCGUUUCGUUCGGUCCUUCGCGUGUGAUCCUGCCGCUGAACGAGAUCGUCCGCCGAUCGGCGUGUCCGCUGCUCGCCGACCAUCACUCCUAACGUAAGUUCGAGUUCAGUUGGAUUUUCCAAGGUCACUGAUCGGAAUCAUUCAUCGUCCGCGCACAUUGCGAUCGGUAACGACGAGCGACACUCUCAUCGGCGUAAAUUUCUCAUCAAAUUUGCGGGUUUCGAGGGUCGCAAAAUUGAUAUCGACUCGGUCGCGCUUGCAAUAUUCAUCUGUGACUGUCGCGUUUUCGAAGUUCACGAGCUGACAUUGACGAAGCUCACCGAUCGCUGAUGCAAAUUCGUUAGACAGAGAAGCUCGCGAGGAUCGACUGCACCCCUGAUGUGGGAUUCAUUUUCAAUCGGAUUCCAGCAGUUCCCGAACUGACAACGACGAGGGAGAAUGGAAAAUCGAUGUGCUUAGCUGUCGCUGGAACAGAUUUGCGAAGAACCGUUUGUACCGACGAUUCUCAGAACGAGUUCGAAGCAGUGCGAGUGCGAAUAUAGUGAUCGGCGCGUGCCGGCACUUUUUUUUCCCGCAUUUUCCCGGCGAGCCGCGCGGCACGGAGAGCACGUGCGAAUCGCGAGGCGAGAGAAGUGCACUAUCGAUCGCCGUCCCUUUCGGCCGCAAUCUCGAGAAGCGUGUCUCGUUAGCGCGAUAUUCAGCCGACCGGCAGGAGGAGGCUUGACAUUUCGCAAAUGUCAACCGCGACCGCUGGCGUAACUUCCGCGUAAUCGGAGCGUGGUUGAUGAACGAUAAGAGGCGCGACUCGAACUUUUCGUGCCGAAACCACAGACCAGCUCCUUUCGUUUCUUAUCUCGUUUCUUGUCGAAUGAAUCGAAAGUGACGGAUGAGACGUUCGUCAAAUGCGAUGACUCGGGAUACAUGAUUCAGAAAACCGAUUGAAAGCCGGGGAGACCGAACGUCUUCUAUUCACCAGGAAACCAAGGAUAUUUUGUUAUGGAUUGGAUGAGGAGGCAGGACGUCAAGGAGGAGCCGCAGGAAGCUCCUAACGUCUUGACACCGGAAGAUGACGAGUGUUACUUUGAAGAAGACGUGUCGAUAGACGAGGGAAUGGGUCUCGACAAUGUAAGCUCAGCGACCCUCAGGCCCUUUAACUCGGACAUCAACACACCGAGGAUCGACAGCUACAGGUUCUCCAUGGCAAAUCUCGAAGAUUCCCAGGAUGUUGACUUGGACGCGAUCCUUGGUGAAUUGUGCGCUCUGGAGCGACGUUGCGACGGCGACAUCGUCGCCGCUACUCCUGCGCCGGAUUCACAAAGGCCAGGACGACCUACCAGCGCAAGGAUCAAUGCAGGAGAUAACACCGACAUCAAAAAUGAAGGAGGUAUACGCACUGAUAGUCCUGACAAUGAUAGCGCAUUCUCAGACACGGUGUCCAUGUUGUCCAGCGAAAGUUCGGCAAGUAGUAGCGGUUCAGGACACAAACCACCUCAGACCGCCAUGCACACAGUCCCGCAACAACAAUCGCACCAACUUGCCGAUGCAGCGAACACAGCGAAGGCGGAGAAGAUCCGCCUGGCGCUGGAGAAGAUGCGCGAGGCGAGCGUGCAGAAGCUCUUCAUCAAAGCAUUCACGUUGGACGGCAGCGGUAAGAGCCUCAUGGUCGACGAGAAUAUGAGCGUCGCGCACGUGUGUAGGUUGCUCGCGGACAAAAACCACGUGCCAAUGGAUCCGAAGUGGGCCGUGGUCGAGCACUUGCCCGAUCUCUUCAUAGAGAGAGUUUUCGAAGAUCACGAGCUGUUGGUGGAGAAUCUUUUACUGUGGACCAGGGAUUCGAAGAACAAGCUGCUCUUCGUCGAGAGACCGGACAAGACUCAGCUAUUCCUCACGCCCGAGCGAUUCCUCCUCGGUCCCUUCGAUCGCGGCAGCGGUGAAUACGACGAUCACGCGAGAAAUAUCCUACUGGAGGAGUUCUUCUCGAGUAGCAACGUCGGCGUGCCCGAGGUCGAGGGUCCUCUAUACUUGAAGUCAGACAGUAAGAAGGGCUGGAAGAGGUAUCACUUCAUUUUACGAGCUUCUGGUCUCUAUUACUGGCCGAAGGAAAAGGCACGCACCGCGCGAGAUCUUGUCUGUCUGGCAACCUUUGAUGUUAAUCAGGUUUACUACGGCGUCGGCUGGCGAAAAAAGUACAAGGCACCCACCGAUUUCUGCUUCGCCGUGAAACACCCGCAGCUGCAGCAGCCCAAGUGUACCAAGUACAUCAAGUUCCUGUGCGCGGAGGACAACGCGUCCUUGGAACGAUGGAUGGUCGGGAUUCGCGUAGCCAAAUACGGCAGACAGCUGAUGGAGAAUUAUCGAGCGCUCGUGGACGAGCUGGCGCAGGAGGAUCUGGAUUUACUAGCGUACGCCAGAUCGUGCUCGGUCAGCUCUAUCGCCGCGCCGCCGAAUCAAACUCAGUAUAACACGACGAAUGAAAAUGCGAGGCAGUUCGCGGAGAACGUGAGACACGAAACGGUGGUCGCCACAACGAGGCAAUACGACGGUCAAAGGCAGAGCUACAAUCCGGAACAGCGGCAGAGCUACAACAACGACGGCAGACUGAGCAGAGCGAGCAGCUCCAGUUCCAGCGGAUGCUUGUCCGACGGAGCGCCAAGCAGUUGCGAGGUCGCCUUCGAAUGCGGUGAAUUUCCCACCGGCACGAUCAAACGGAAACCAUCUAUGAAUCCGAAGUUGCCUCUUACGUCGAUUACGAGGCAGUUGAAGGAGGUCGGCGAAACCGUCCGAGAUGAGCCCGACUCCUGUCCGAGUCCGACGAGUUCGGGAUCCGGCACGCUGACCCGAAGACACAGUCGCCGGCGUAGCGGCACCGAUUCGGACGGAUCCGGGACUCUGAAGAGAUACCACAGAUCCGGAAACGCGACGCCCGUCAGCCCGGUUCCGCCCGGCACGCCGGUGAAAGAACGAGCGAGUCCGAUGGGAUACAACAGGUCGGAAAGUCAAGAAUCGAAGACGCCGACGAGCCCGAUACAACCAUGCAUGAUGGAUUCGAUCACUUCACUUCCACCGCCACCGUCGCCGUCGAGAGUCGCCGAAGAGAUCGAGUCUGACGGCGAACCGCUUCCACCGCCGCCCCCUGAAAUGUUCCGGUCGAAUCUCUCGCUGGACUCGCUUCCGCCGCCGCCAGCGCCUGGCGAGCUACCGGUCUGCAACACGCCCGAGCUUACGGGCUCCUUGUUGAGCCUCGCGUCUCUGCCGCCGCCGCCCAGCCCGCUGGUCGGCGAGACCGGAACGAUACGUCGCGCCCGACCCAAGCAGUCCACCCCCACGAACUCUGUAACCCCCGAGAACACGCCCACGCACACUCCCAGAAUACAGUCCGGUCAAAUGUACACGAAUGCGAACAGUAUCGCGCUAAACAGCAACUCGGUCCAGAACAGUCAAAAUUACAAUCCGAACGCGUCUCCGAAUAGCGCGAAUAACAACUCCCCGCAUGGUUCCUAUUCAGGAUCGACGGCGAGCACGCCGACUUACACUCCGAGCUCGCCUAAUUUCACAUCGCCGCCACCCUUCGUGCCGCCACCGGCUUACGGCUCGCAGCAGCAGCAGCAGCAGCAGCAACAACAACAACAACAGCAACAGCAACAGCAACAGCAGAUCAACACUCAGAGUCUGCCUUGUAGACAGAAUUCCAAGAUCGAACCGCUGUACGCGGCUCAUCACACGAUUCAGCCAAUCAGGCCGAAUCCCAACAUGGACACUGUCCGACGCAGCGCCAUGAAACAAGGAAGCGGUCAUUACGCGGCACCACCUUAUCUAGCCGAGCUGAAGGCCGCCUCCAGUCCGCAGCCGCAACGUCGGGUGACUAUUCAGGAACCGCCGACUUCGCCCAAAUCGAAGACUGGAACCGGCAAGAAGAUCUCGUUCAAUCUGCCGCCGCAGCAGGAACCCGGCAGUCCCGCCUUGCCGCAACGGAAGCCGACGCCGCCCAGGAGAUCCGACAGCACCAGGCUGACGUCACCGAAGAAGUUGGCGGCGUCCGAUCAGGCGCCGCCAGGCGAUUUCCUAAAGGAUCUCCAGAGAGUGAUGAGGAAAAAAUGGCAGGUCGCGCAGAAGUGCAAGCUAGACUCGACGACAACGCCGCACGAAGUGCUCGGCUUCCGAGACCCGCCGCCGGCCAUAGCCGAUUACAGGGAGACGAACGUGUCGAACUGGGUGCAGGAGCACUACGGCGCGGACAACCUCUACGAGAACGUGUACGCGACAGAUCCGCACGCACCGGUCGAGUACGCGUCGAGCCCGGCGCGACAGCCGACGGUGAGAUUUGCCGACGAAAAUCGCAGCAUGAACAUCGUGAACGCGAUCGCCGGCAAGAGGCGACCGCCGCCACCGCCGCCCAAGCGGGCCGAAACCACGCAUCUCACCACUACCCGGGCGAUGCACUGACAAUAGCAGAUAAUCCAGCCUCAUCCCGAGAGGCGAUGGUACUGCUGUCUCUGCGGUUGGUGGAAGGACUGAGAGAUAGAUGAUAGAUACUUGGUUGCUACUCCGGAUACGUCCAUCGCUCUAUUCGGAGAAUUAUCAGCGGCAAAAUGAGACACACUUUUCUGGUGUAAAAGUAAGAUUGUACAGUUUCGUUUCAUACUUCGUUGCUGGGCUCUGCGCUGAUUGAUACGACCUUGUAAGUCAAAAAUGAGAAGUCGUUCAGAUAAACGUUAAAACAUUCGGAUAGGCGUACAAAAAUUCUGAAGAGAUACAUCAGUUUAUUUUGAAUGGCUUUUCUUAUUUCCAUCGGAAAAAAAUUAAUUGGCGAGUUACGGACGUCAAUCAAAGAAUAUUCAAAUUAUCAGCCAUGAGAUUACAAGAAGUUGGAAACAAAUUACGAGGAAAAGAGAAUGAAUAUUGAUGAACCGUCCCUACCGGAAGUUCUUCUUAACCUAUACAGCACAACCGGAAGCCAAACAACGAAUUGAAUUGAAUCGAAUCCGCGACAGAGAUUCGAUGGCGUUUUGGUUGAUCAACACAUAAGGUACACUGCCGCAUAUACGAAGGAUGUGAUAUAAAUUUUAAGCAUCAUACUCUCGUGAUUUAAGGGAUUAUACGAGGAACAAGGAAACGAAAGAAGCAAUGCGAUACACGCACAAUGCCAAUUUUCGGAGUAUAACAAACGAAUUUACAAAUUUUACUCAGAAGCGAAAGUUCUAUUUGUACGUAAUAUUUCAUAACCGCGCUAACUGCCCUGUCUGCGAUUUUCUCAAGUAUGUAUACUUGGAUGUGAUAAAUAAUAUAAAAUUGAAAAAAAAAUGGUAAUCUAUAUACACGCGAAUGAUGUGUUUUCAAAUUUGAAUCGUUCGAUUUUCGGUCCAAAAUUACUCUCCGAAUAGAUUUGAGUGUUGCAUUUAAUGUAAAAAAAUUUAUUCAACUUUGACUUGUGUUGCUUCAAGAAUAUUCUGUUCUUGAAAAAGUAAUUUAAUUCAAAAAUAUCGCACAAAUAAUAUUUUGCAAUAUGCACUUUUUUCAAGAAAAUUGUUAGAAUACAUGUUGUAAAAUAUUAUGGCGAUACUUUUGAAUUAUUUCCUUUUUGAAGAACAGAAUAUUCUUGAAACAAUGUCAAAAUUGGAUAAAUUAUUUUUACAUAAGAUGCCGAUAUAUAAUAUAUAUAUAUAUAUAUAUAUAAUAUAUAUAUAUAUAUAUCAUCUCAAGUUUGGUUACUGUUUGGUGAAAUAAAAGAUUGAUAAAACGAUUCGGAUUUUAUUCCUAAAGACUACGUGCAAAAUGUGGUGCGUUCAAAGAAACGCCGAGAAGAAAAGCAAAGUGAAAUUGAUUUUCGAGCUCGAAUUGGAAAUAAAUUCUGACUUUUCGCAGCGAAAGUACUUGAACGACAAGGGAGCUCGAAGUAAACUUGACACUCGCGCGAAUUAUAGCGUCUUUUGCAAUCACAUCCUUGUGCAUAGGUAUAUAUGUAUAUAAACUGAGGAUAUACGCGCGCGCGUUUAUAUCGGUAUAUCGAUAUGCUAUAUGUGUAGUUGUAUCAUACAAUACGAACACGCCUCAUUAUGUGGAAUACGAUAAUGGGAUAAUAUAGAAGAUUCGUUCGUGCGUUCAUCGAUUAUAACCGAUUGAAUGAUCACGACGAUGACUUCUCGCUCGACAACCGAGCGAACUGCGCGUAACGCGUCGUCACGAGGACGCGAGAUCUCGUUUAUGCCAUUUACGUUUCUUUUUCGUUCGAUAGCGAAGCCGAACUGACGACAUCAGUCUGGGGGAGUCAGACGAAUGAAAGGAAUUUUUGCGAGUCUUCGAUGAAUUGAUUAAAGGCAAGGUAGAUAACAAAUAUGGAUACUCGAAAUAAAACUGUCAAGAAGAACGCUACGUAUCGCCGCGUGAACGUGUUAAUCAUUCGUAUUUGCUUGACCCGUUUUGUCUUGGCAGAUUGACACUAUUUCUUUUAUUUCAAGUAUCCGAUUUCUAGAAUUAGACGAAGAGACGCGGUUCAGGUGCGUGCAGUUGUUUACACGUCGCCGACUGGAGAGAAGCGAAAUAUGCGAUGAUCAUCGCGCUGGCCAACGACAAAGAGCGACGCAUAGCUUCCCGUUUGUGAUUACCGAAUGGAAUCUUCAGCAACGACUAAGCCGAGCCUUCUCGAGGUCACGUAGCUGAGCUGUAGUUUUAUAUCUCGAUUUGUAUGCGCGUUUACAUGACUUUACAUGUGAAAGUUUAACGACUCUUUGGGACUUACGGAGCAUCGUCUGCAUCGUCGGAUUUUUAUAUGUAAAACAUCGGCGACCGCUCGAGUUAGCCCGUUUGUGCGAUACAUCAUCCGUAGAAAGUAUUUUGUAAGAUCCAAUUUUGAUACAGAAAUAUUUUGCCAUAGUUGUACGCAAAUAUAUGGGAUAAGAAACUGCCGUCGAGUAGUUUGUCGACCAGUCGGCUCUCGAGCUGACAAGCCGUUUCUAAUUCUUUGAUAGAUCUUCAAUUUUCUACGAAUCUUAUGUGCACGAUAAUCUUUCGAAAAUUUUCUAUUUUUUUGAAAGCUGCCAUUCUUCGCGAAGUAAAAAUGACUCGUCGAUCUACGACUUGUUGAAAAUUUUGACCGACAGAUCGCUUUUGAUUCUCACUAACGACUUCAAUUUUACUGAAAAGAAAUCACGCCGUGCCUGCGCGCGAGAAUUUUUGCAAUUAAAAAAAAAAAAAAAAUGUGCCGCGUGUGUCUGUGCGUAGAGAUUUUCCAGUUUUAUAAAGAAUUUUACCAUUUUCACGCCGUGCCUGUGCGCGAAAAUUUUCCCGAUUUUCAAGGAGAUUCGCACGAUCGCACCGACGUGUUCUCUCGAGCGUGCGCCAAAAGCGAGCACGAAUCUGCGUACUAUAACACAAUCGAAUUACUUAAUAAUAAUAGCUAAAAACUAACUUAAAGUGGAACCGUCGAUGUCGAUUUAAUUAUAUUUCCGCCUUACGCGCGGUUUAAUCAAACUGAACCAAUAAUAUAAAUGCAUUUUUGAGACUAAUAUAUCGACUUUACAGAGACUAAGCCUGAUUACUGGCUGACUUUUCAUACGAAUUUCUAAAUAUUUUUCUCCAUCAUUAACAACAGUAUCAGUGCUCCUGUGCUUGGAAUACGAGAAAUCUUUCUUUUCAAAGUAAUUUAUUGAAAAGAUUUCGAUCAGCGUAAAGUAAAACUUUAUUUUUUAAUUAUUCUAAUGUAUAAUUUUGAUUCCUCUUAUCUAGUUUUAUUGUUAUCGUACAAUUUGUAGAAUUAGAAGAAAUAUUUCUUGAUCAAGAUCUUUGUAUUUUUCUAAUUCUAUUUUCCAUUUUCAUGUGUUUAAAUAAAAUUGAAAUUUGUUUUUCGCGUUCAAUCAAGUUCCUGCAGCAUAUUACACGUCAGUGAUUUGAUUUCCAAGUAAACGAGAACUGGUACAGGACUCAUGGGAAUGCUGGCGUGCUGAGAGAAAAACUUCUUUUGUACUCUGUACUUCUUAAGGAACUUUUGUCGAGCUAAACACUCGACGCAUUCUCAGUAAGGUAGCUUAGUAUUCGAUGUACGCGUGCUGCCCGUCGCUUAAUUUUCGAAACGAAAUCGAUCGUUCAUUUCGAGUAAAUAUUAAACUUUAUGUUCGAUUAGAGCUUCGAGAUUAGUGCACUUGGCUAAGAGAAUAAGCCGAUAUUAUAAAUUUGUAACGAAUGAAGUCGAGAAAUUACAGCAAUGAUUAACAAGAAUGAUACUAACAAGAAUGAGAUAAUAUCUUAAUUAUUGAGUUUGGGGUCGACUUAGAAAACCGAGCCGUUGUCGUGAAGUUAAAAACAAGCGGAACAAAAUAGUUUAUUGUGAAAUAUAUUCUCAUUAAUUUAGAAUAACUUUUAUAAGCAAGUUUAGAAAAUGAGAAAAAUAUUUAAACGAAUACAUUAUAUAAUAUAUAUAUAUAUUUUUUCUUUUAAGAACAUUUAUCUAAGUAUGAAUACGAACAAUUGAGUCGACCCUGAUCGUACCUUUUUCGAUUACAUACUCUAAGUUGUACGUAUAGUUCUGUAAAUAUUGUAACGAAUGGUACUAUUGUUGUCGAUAAUGUUGCGCGGCCGUGGGGCAAUGAUAUAAACGCAUUUUACAUUAUUUACAGGCGAGAGGGAAAUAAAGUGAGGGGGACGAGCGUUAAAUCUUCGGAUUUAAUCUUGCGAAUGGGGGCUCCACCGCGUUUCGUUUGAUUCACAAUUUUAUCGUUUUUUGGCUCGAGAUCGCUUCGAUUAGUUAUCGCGAGGGACGAGACACCUCGGACGCUGCGUUUGCAUCGCUAUCAAGUCGAUUCGAUGUAGAGCUUAAACAGUUUAGACUUUAAAUCAUUACAGGUUGUUUCGGAAUGCACUCUUGUGUGCAGGUGUGUUUAAAAUUGUGACAAUACCAUUAUUUCAUGACUCGACGCCAGUUGUUUAGGUAUGACAUGUACCGAGCGAAUAAAGAAAUGCGCAGCAGUUGAAAUAUUAUAGGUAUUAUAUUCAUGUUUUUAUGUAAAUAAAUUUUUGGUAUAUUUCAAUGA